UGUCACGCGCAUAUACACACACAGUAAAACACACACCUGCGAGUUGUAUUAUUGCGUCUCUUCUUUCUUAAACAAUGUAUUAAAAAUUCGUUGUUAGACUGGAUAAUUGAAGGUGGUGUUUUCAUCAAAUUUAUCGUCAUAAUGUCGAGUCUUUGUUCGACGUCGAGACGUAAACUGGCAUGGGUUAUCAUAAACAUCGACAAUUACGUUCGAAGUUUUGGAUAAGGAAAUACAACGCAGCUUUGUUUUGAAGUAAGACAAAAUUUUGUUCUCGUUAAAAAAACGAAAAAGAACAGAUAAGAAAUGGACGGACCUAAUUUGGGUUACUCUUACCACUCGCCAUCCGUUGGUUGGAGCUUGAGGAUACGCAACGCGUUGUCACAGUUCAGUGAUUUGUUCAGCGAGUUCAAUAAAUACAUCGCACCAGCUUAUCAUCACGAUCGUUGUGAAAGAUCCGUCAACAUGCGACUAUACUCCAUGCACAAACGAGAAUUCGUUAUGAUUAUAGUCGCAUUUUUUGCAUGCUUUUGUUUGGCAGUUUUUAUUGGUCUCGCAGGACCUCCUAUAACAGUAACAAUUCCACAACAAGCACAUUUGAACGCCAGUGAAAUGGCUACUGGUCCUUUUAUCAUGAAUACACCGCCUUUAUCGUACUACAGUCAGCAACUUUGGGUGAUAGCAAAGCUAACGACUCAAAAUACAGAUGACGAGAUAUACGACAAAAGUUUUACAGUUAGCGUCGUGAUAGACGGGCUUACGCUCGACAAUAAACUGGAACACGUUCUCAAGCCUGAAAGUAGCCACAAUAGAACGAGACAUUUAAAAUGCGAACGACAGAAUUGCGAGGAAAUAGUCGUGGCGCAUCUCGGAUAUUUGGAUUACAGUCAUUACAUGAUAACCGUCCGAUUUUAUGGACUCGAGAGCUUCCAUCGACGAUACACAAUUCGAGACAUUACAUUCUACUUUAAGCACUUCAAUCCAGCCUUUACGCAAUUAGAGAUAUGGUUCAGAUUGGUAUUUUUAUUCUUCACCUUCAUCGUGAUGUGCUGGUUUGGAAUAACGCUCAGAAAUUACCCCAUCAACGACUGGUCCAUCGAACAAAAAUGGGUCUCGGUCCUAUUACCUUUGUUGAUACUGUACAAUAAUCCACUAUUUCCAACGACGUUUUUGAUAAACUCUUGGUUGCCAGGUAUGAUAGACGCUUGCUUCCAAACCACUUUCUUAUGUGCCAUAUUGAUGUGUUGGCUGUGCAUUUAUCACGGCUUGAGACAAAACGAAAGACGAUUAUUGACGUUUUAUUUGCCAAAAAUACUCGUCGUCGGAUCUUUGUGGGGAGCUUCCCUGGUACUUGCCACUUGGUUGAGAUGGUCCGAACUGGAAGAUCCAACCUUCAAUUACGUUCUCGACACGUCUAAUUAUUACGGAUUCAAAGUUUUCUUCUUUACCGUCGGUGGAGUGUACAUAGGAUAUUUAUUGUUAUUAAUAUUGCGGUCAUACAGUGAAUUACGAUCGAUGCCAUUUUUCGAUUUACGGCUGAGAUUUCUGUCACUAUUUGCCACAAUCGUCGUAACUGUUGUAACGAUAGUGACGAUUCGUCAAUUCGGCGCCGGAGUUUUGGAAGACAGUUUCGCUGGGCGACUAUCCACUCAUUAUAGGACAUCAGCGCAAUUUAUGGCUCUCUAUGGCCUUUUUAAUUUUUACCUCUACAUAAUGGCAUACGUUUACUCGCCCGCGUCUCAACAAGUUUUUGGCCAACUGGACACGACGAUUACUAAAGAUAAUCCGUCGUUUUCGAUGAUCAAUGAGUCUGACGAGGAGAUAAUUUAUGGUUCCGACGACGACAGCCGACGACCCUUGACGCGGACCCCGCGCAACACCGACGACAGCGAUUAAAGGGAAAAACUAUGAAGAUACGAUUUGCUGAUCUAAUUGUUUUAUAAAAUAAGAUUAUGUGUGUAUAAGUGAAAAAUUGAUUUUGUA